UAUUAGUCCCAAACACCCCCAAUAUAUGGAGGAAAAAAAAAAAUUUUAAGCAACGCCCAAAAGAGGUCGGCUCGUCCAAAACCCAGGGGACAGGCACAGGCGCACAGCAAGGUUUUUUUCAUCCCCCUGCCUAAGUCUCUAUCAAUCGCAAAAGUAGCAGUGUGAAUGAUCUCCUAAUAGAAAACCCUAAUUCCAAAGCUAAAUACCAACGCCAAUUCAUCCGCAUACAAAUGGACGAUACAGACGGUGGUCUCAGCUUCGACUUCGAGGGAGGCCUCGAAUUAGGCUCCACUAAUCCCACUGCCUCCAUCCCCGCCAUCCCUUCCGAUAAUCCCGCCGCCGCAGCAGCUGCUGCUGCUGCCGGUAAUAACAACUCCGCCGUCCCACCUGCAUCUUCUGUGGACCCUUCUGCACCUGGCGCUAACCAGGCGGGGCGGCGGAGCUUCCGGCAGACUGUAUGUCGGCAUUGGCUCCGCAGCCUCUGUAUGAAGGGCGAUGCCUGCGGCUUUCUACACCAGUAUGACAAAUCUCGGAUGCCAGUUUGCCGCUUUUUUAGGCUUUAUGGAGAGUGCCGAGAGCAGGACUGCGUGUACAAGCACACCAAUGAGGAUAUCAAGGAGUGCAAUAUGUACAAGUUAGGGUUUUGUCCAAAUGGUCCUGACUGUCGGUACAGGCAUGCAAAAUUGCCUGGACCUCCACCACCCGUGGAAGAAGUCCUUCAAAAGAUUCAGCAAUUAAAUUCUUACAACUAUGGAUCCUCAAACAAAUUUUUUCAACAAAGGGGUAAUGGUUUUCAGCAACACACAGAUAAAUCUCAGUUUUUACAAGGUCCUAAUAGUAUCGGUCAAGGUGUAACUGGAAAACCCUCAGCUACAGAGUCUGCUAAUGUACAGCAGCAGCAGCAGCAGCAGCAACAACAACAACAACAACAACAACAACAACAACAACAUCAGUUGCAACAGCAAGCCCCUCAGGCCCAGACACAAAGUAUUCCAAAUGGUCAGCCAGUUCAGGCAAACAGAACUGCAACACCUUUGCCUCAAGGACUAUCUAGGUAUUUCAUUGUUAAAAGUUGCAACCGUGAAAAUUUGGAAUUGUCUGUUCAACAAGGAGUUUGGGCAACUCAAAGGAGCAAUGAAGCUAAAUUGAAUGAAGCCUUUGACUCUGCUGAAAAUGUGAUUUUAAUUUUCUCGGUCAAUCGAACUCGACAUUUCCAGGGAUGUGCAAAGAUGACAUCCAAAAUUGGUGCUUCAGCUGUUGGGGGGAAUUGGAAAUAUGCUCAUGGAACUGCACACUAUGGACGAAAUUUCUCAGUCAAAUGGUUGAAGUUAUGUGAAUUAUCAUUCCACAAAACUCGGCACUUGAGGAACCCAUACAAUGAGAACUUACCAGUGAAGAUAAGUAGAGAUUGUCAGGAGCUUGAACCCUCGAUUGGUGAGCAGUUAGCUUCCUUACUUUAUCUCGAGCCUGAUAGUGAACUCAUGGCAAUCUCAGUUGCAGCAGAAGCAAAACGAGAAGAGGAAAAAGCCAAGGGAGUUAAUCCAGAUAAUGGUGGAGAGAAUCCAGACAUUGUUCCAUUUGAGGACAAUGAAGAGGAGGAAGAGGAGGAAAGUGAAGAGGAGGAAGAGAGUUUUGGUCAGGCUCUUGGGGCAGCAGGUCAAGGGCAAGGGCGAGGGAGAGGCAGGGGAAUCAUGUGGCCUCACAUGCCACUGGCCCGUGGUGCUAGACCCAUCCCUGGGAUGCGUGGUUUUCCCCCAAUGAUGAUGGGUGCUGAUGGCUUUUCUUAUGGACCAGUAGCGCCUGAUGGUUUUGGAAUGCCUGAUCUUUUUGGUGUGGCACCCCGUGGAUUUACACCAUUUGGUCCAAGGUUCUCUGGUGAUUUUACAGGUCCUGCAUCUGGCAUGAUGUUUCCUGGGAGGCCCUCCCAACCUGGGGCGGUUUUUCCAAGCGGUGGAUUUGGCAUGAUGAUGGGUCCAGGACGUGCUCCUUUUGUUGGGGCAAUGGGACCCACUGCCGCAAAUCAACUUCGAGGUAGUCGACCUGGUGGUAUGCCAUUUCCACCACUCCAUGCACCAUCUACUCAAAACAGCAACAGACCUGUUAAGAGAGAUCAGAGGAUAGCAGGUAAUGAUCGGAAUGACAGGUACAGUGCAGGUUCAGAGCAAGGAAGGGGUACAGCUGGGGGGCCUGACGAUGAUGGACAAUACCAGCAGGAAGGAAUAAAGGGUGCCCAUGAAGAUCAAUUUGGCGCAGGAAACAGGUUCAGAAAUGACGAGAGUGAAAGCGAGGAUGAGGCACCAAGGCGAUCAAGGCACGGGGAAGGGAAAAAGAAGCAACGUGGCUCAGAAGGAGACGUAACUCCAGGCUCUGAUCACUAACACCACUACUGACUGAGCUUAAGAAUAGUGGAGUAUAGCUAAUUCGUAAGGCCAAGUUAUAGGCACAUUCAGUCAUUAUGCUUUAAUGUGAAUCCAAUUAAACUUUUUACUCCCCACACCCGAGUUGCGUUUCUUAUUUGAAAAUCGUGGGCGAUGAAGAAGGCAAUGGCUGUUGGACUUCUUCAUUUGUCACUUUUCUUCUCAAUGAUUUUGUUGAAGUUAACAUGAGAGCCAAAUUUGUGUAUAUUUUGUAUGUUGAAAUGAAUGGAAUGUUGGUGAUUAGUGCAAA